AUGGACGCAUUCUUCGCCAUUGCCGCGCCGGUCCCGUCAGAGGAGACCGAGCAGCAGAUUCCCGCCGACUUCGACACUGGCAAUGGCACCACGAACUACUCGUAUGUCACGGAGCUCCCAGCUUCGCUGACGUCCUCUGAUCGCCGCGCCUUUGUCCGCUAG